GGCUCACCGGGCUGGUAGGCUCGGGGCUGGCCUUCCUUCGGUAGCUGCAGCUCACCGGUGGUGCUGAGAAGCCGUGCAGGCACCGACUCCCAGCGGCACCCUGAGCCACGAAUAACGGCACUCUGAACCGGUGAGACGUUUGUCCCGGGCUGCCGUUUCCCGUUUGUUUGAGGCGGUGUUUCAGGAUGUCGACGUGUCCGUGCUACAGGCCGGUAAUCCUGGAUGAGGAAGAAGCAGAAGGAUGUUUAUUUCAGCACCUGCAGUGAAAACACAGCAAAGGGUCAAAGAGACUUCCAUAAUUCAUGUGUCCGUCUCCUCUGCCGAGCACGAUGAGCACAGACAGACCCAAACGGAAUAUCAUCAAAAAGAAAUACGACAUCAGUGACGGGAUGCCGUGGUGUGAAGAACGUCUGGUCCGCAAAGUGCUUUUCCUCUCUCUCAGGGAAUUCCGAGACAAACACCGUGCCACACACAGACGCUCACACAUACACAAGUGUGCGCACAAACGCACAUCAAAAAAUACACACUUACAAGCUCUGCGAAAGACACUGACAAAACCUAACACACACACAAAAGCACAGGCAGGAAAGAAAGGGCACACGCCGCGACAACGAGCCAAGUGCACACCACUAAACACACACACACAGAAAAACACACAUACUGCCCAAAAUAUGCACAUUUCAAAACACUUACACACUCACGGACGCACAAACAAAGACAUGCCAGAGGACCGUCCAAAGAAUAAAUGUCCUCGGAUACUGCAGAACACACAAACCCCGACAAAACUGUUUAAAGGCAAAGUUACACACGCUGCACAGCAGACACACACGGCAUCAACCAGGACGCUACGCUCGCAGAAAACACACAACACACUGUUGCUGCUGAACUCAAAAUACACAAAAACUGCUACAGCUACACACGCUGCUCAGCACAAACACACCUGCACACCUAAAAACACGCACACACCUCCGCUGCCAGCCAGGACUCUGAGGUCACACUCUCCCACACGUCUCAGGGUUAACGGUGUGCGCGAGCGUCUGUCAGAUCAUCCCAGCUGGAGCUGGUCCGUACAGACACGACCUCGACAACGUCGUCCUGCCAGCUGUGACAGAGAUGAUUCUGCCAACAGGAGACCACGGCUGCAUGCACAGAGGAAGUUUGCUCAGUCCCCGCCCAACUCUCCAGGACCAUUAGUGUUGAUGACAUCAGCACAGAGCACCCACAGCCUGGCUGUAGUCACCUGUCUGAGCAGACGCCGUCCUAAGACUGAGGACUUUUUGUCUUUUCUCUGUUUAAGAGGUUCUGCAGCAUUGCCAAGCAGCAUGGCCUUCUUAACACGUAAACGAGAGAGGCAGCCAGGUGACAGUCAGUGUUUGACUUCCUGUCUUCCCACCAAUCACAAGGCUGCAGCUGAGGAGAAGAAAAUUGGGAUGUUAUGCAGAACAACAGUGCAGAGAGAGACCAGAUCCCUGAGGAGGAGGUCUGCCGACUCUGCAGUAUUCAGUUCCAUGUGCCCCUUGACAGCUCGAGCACAGAGCAGGAGGGAUGGAGAUGAAAGAGAAAAACAGCAGAAGAAAGACAUGAUGGAGGAGGACAGACGAGAGGGAGCUCAGAGACACCUCCUGAGACCUCGUCAGCUCUCCCUACACGUCAGGAGGGCCAACAAGGUUGUAACUAAAAUCUCUGAACAAAGAGCCUCCUGUGUCAGGUCAGUCAUUCCCUUAAAGCCAAGGAGAGGGACUGCUAGCAAACAAGGCACGAGGCCAAGCAAUACCUACAAAUCAAGAUGCCAUUCCCAAAGCAGAGCCCAGGAAACCAGCAGCAAUCACCUCUCGCUACAUCACAACCACCAGCUGCCUCACAGUCGGCACCUUCUUCAGUACUAUAGCAAUCCUAUGACCUUCAGUAUUCUCCAGAACUCAGGAAGAAAUUCAUGCCAAACUUCAGCUCAAAUAUCUCUGAUUAAUCAUUCAGUUAGUCGACAGCUGAGGGAGAAGCCUGGGGUCCUGAGGUUGUCCAGAAGGAGGAGAGGCCUUCCACCAGACACCAGCCCGAGUCUUCUGGUUUCCUUGGACAGGAACCCAUCAAAUGAGUGCCAAAUCUUGCAGGACAAAGGUGGCUAUGUCUCCCUGGCAAGUGAUAUUUAUGAGAUUCCACAGAAUGAGGACAGCGUUCGAGAGGAGUAUGUGAGCCUUAUGGGUAAAAACACUGAUAGCCAUCAUAUAAAACUCGUACAGGACAGAUGUGCUCAUGGUGGACAGGCGGGACUUGAGAGGGACAGUUUUAUCAGUGAAGAUCUGUGUGACAAGGGAAACAGAGAAAAACUUGCAGAGUGUGCACAGGAGCCCUCUCGUGAAAAGGAAAGCCUCACUAAUGUCAUCACUAGCUAUAACCUCAUGCCUGUUAGUGAGGUCGUGUGGAAACACCCGAGGGAUCAAACUCUCCAAGAAAAACAGAACACGACAAUCCAAAAGCCUGUUAGCAGGGCUAACGAUUCUAAGGCCACAGCUGCUUCUACUAGGACCAGUGUAACUAAAGCUGCUAUCAACUCAGUCACAUCUGACACACCAGCUGAUUAUUCUGCCAGGUGCAGUGGCAAAGGCACUAAUAAAGGCAAGCAAAUGAAGAAGAGUACUUCACCAGCCCUCACUAACUCUGCCCAUGAAUCCACAGGUGCUACAAAACACCCUUCAGUGGGAAGCACAGAGGAUGUGACCAAGGACAGGGCACCUACCAUCAGUUAUUGUAGCACUUCCAAAGACUCUGCAAAGGGGCUUCCCCACACCAAGACGACUACCUCAGCCAUGAAGACCAGGUUCAGCCCCAGGAUGAAGCAUUAAUAUCUAAGCUGAGUCUGGAACCAUGAAGAGAAUAUUCUGUAUAGAAAUGUUUCAGAGCUUUUAAAUAUGUCGAGGCAGAGCAUGAUGAUGAUUGUUGCCUUGUCAGUCAUUGUUGAAUAGGUACAAUAAAGUCGUAUAACUGGAACACACAUUAUGCUGGUAAAGUGGACUGUAUGUUUUCAUGCCUCUAUGCUCCGUCCUCUAUCUGAAUAGUAGCGUGAUGUUUUAUUAUUAGUAGUAUUUUAUUAUUUAUAUAUUCAGGUGUACACCCCCCCCCC